GGUGAGAAAAUGUGUCUUGGACUUGAGUAACUCUGCUUUAAAGCCUGUUACACCCUGAACAUGUACAUAAACGUGAACAAAACCAGGACUUCUUGGUAACCGGGAAACCGUUGCAGUCACAUGACAUUGAAGCAUGCGCAUUCAGGAGCGGUAGCGGGCACGGAUUCAAACGCUACCGUUAGAAGCGGGUCAAUAAUGUUGACUGUUUGUUUUCAGUUAUAAACAAAUCUCACAAAUGACUUGACAAACAGUUACUGAUACACUACUCUGAUAAUGGAGAUCUCUGCUCUUCUGCGCUGAUCAUGAUCUCUGGGGACCUGACCUCUGGGGUCAGUCUCCUGUCUCCAGAAUCAACAGUCACCUCAUUGCUGGCUAGUUCCGGACGACUGCGAAGUUCGUUGCACCCUGAGCCAGCCUGUACAAUUAAAUACAAAAACAGACGUUACGAUUCAGCCACCCAGGCUCUGGAUGCAUACAUCGCAGAUUUCCAGCAGAGCCUGCAUGCCUCUGCCACCUCAGUAGGAGAGCUUGAAUUUCCCAAGGAACCCAGCACACCUGACCUGCUUCACGUUGGAUACAGAAACAGAGAUGUUCUAAAGGACAGUCUGUCAGACAGAGAGCUCAAUCUUCUGCACUUCACAACCUCUGACCAUCACAGCGUGACCACCGAUGACCUCCUGCUGCUCCCCUGCGACGGCUCGCUACCUGUGACCUGUACCUCAGCCGCCCUGUCCCGGUCAGGAGGCCAUCUGCGCGGAUGCAGUGUUAACUCUAGCUUCUGGUCUCGCUCCAGGCCUAGUGGUGUUGUGAAGGGAUCGCUCCAUUGUUGCCCUGCCACUCUGCGCAGUCCGUGCAGGGCUCGGGCCUUGGGGAGAGAGAGGCCGCUGUGCGUGGAUGACCUGCUGACAUCCCAGCAUGGACCUCCCCUUCUCACCACUCCUCUGACUACAAAGAUGGAUCCUCCAGCCUCUCGGGCAUGUCGCCACCUCCCCAGGUGGAUCACAAGUCACAAGUCCGAGAUGGACUUUUCCGGGGUGACCAGCAUUCCUGACCUCAGGUAUCCUGCCUGGCUCAGUGAAUGCCACAUUCCCACAGAAGCUCAGGCUGGCACUCCAUCUGCUUCCUCUUGGGUCAGUGAGUUGGAGCGGAACACCAACGAUGGUCAGUGGGAGACUAAAGGCAGUGAGCAAGCCACGUUGCGGGAGCUGAGGCUGCAGUUUGCAGAAACACUGGUAGCAGCCGAGAAUGGUGGUGUGUCAGACGAAUCACGGGAACCUUUCAGAGGUGACAGGAUAGGCUUCCUGAUCCAAAGGGCGGAGCAGGUGCUGAACUCUCCCUCUCUGGGCCUCCGCAGUUCCACCAAAGAGCAGCAGGACAGUUCAGGGACGGAGGAACUGCUAAACACCGAGCGCUCGUGGGAGAAUCCUCCAGUCACAUUUAAGUCACCAGUGCCAGUAGGUGGUGCUGAAGAACAUCUAACCACUGAAGAACUUCCAGAGGACACAAUAGAGAAGUCCACAGGCUCCUGGUCAUCAGGCUACAGCAGCAGGAAACACCCAGGUCCCGUUGAGGCCCUCAAACAGAUGCUAUUCACUCUUCAGGCUGUGGAGCAAAGGGAGACACAGCAGGAAGACACCAGGGACAACAGCAGGAUGGAACAGACUGCUCCAAGCUCACUAACACGGGCUGAGCGCAGACAGACGCAAGAGGUUCCUCAGGCGGGUAGUGAGUACGAGUCAGCUUUUGGUGGCCAGUCGCUGAAGAGAGCUCUUCAUCACCUUGGAAGACUGAAAAGCCUCGUGGAUGAAAUGAGUGAGAGGAAGUCUGUAGAGCUGCAGCAAGACAUUUAGUGCAGAGCUGACUGGCCUCUGAGGAGGGCACACACUAGAGCUGCUCCACCUGGUCAGGACUGGUCUUAAUGCAGGGGUUAGGUUUAGCAGUGUAGCAGCAUGAAAAAGGUGUGUGUGUAAACUUGACCUAAAUUAAGAAACUGCAGUAAUGUGAUAAUGUUGUAGCAGUUACACAAAGACAUAAGUGUGUGUGUGUUUGUGUAUAAUGUCACAAGGUUUGAUGUAAGUGUAAACAUUCCUUUAUUUAUUUGACAGCAACAGUCGUGCCUCAUGAAGAGUGCUCAAGCAGGUUUGGUUAACAAUGCUGUUAAACAUUCUGGGUGUUUGUGGUGUGUUAUUUUAAUUAAAGCUCAACCAUCUGUUUUAA